AUGGAAAGGACAAGGGCAAAUAAGCAGGAGAACGAUAUCAAGGAGCAUCGUUUGGGAUCAUUCAAAAAACCAGUUGUGCUAGAAGGAAAAGCAAAGGAGAGGCUGCAAAUGAAGGCGACGGAGGUCAAAGCUCUGUGCAUGAAGCGAUGCGGCUGGCUGAUGAAAUCCGGGCUGACAAACACGCACAUGCAGAAGAGGUGGUGUGCGAUCUACGAGCUGAAGCUCUUCUACUAUGAGUCGCCUAGGAGUGAGAUACCCAACGGCAUCAUCGACUUGCGAGGAGCGAUGAUCAAGAAAUGCUCGAAGCCCAAGUUCGCGUUUGAGAUCGAGACUGGUGAAGAGCGAGAGAGAGGCAAACGAGGGCUCAAGUGA